CCCCAGGUGUUCCAUGUGGGAGGCCAGGAGGAGAUGGAGGAGCUCUGUGUGCCUGGCUUCCAGGUGAAGGAGUACCAGGUGGAGUACAUUGCAGGUUUCCAGAAAGGACAGCCUCUUACACAAGUGGUGUUUGAUGACUGUGCCGGAAAUGAAGGUGUGGUCUUUGAGGUGUCCCACCCAGACUUCCUGGUAGGCCAGGAUCUCAACCUGGUGGCCAGACGAGACCUUCUGAACAGUGACUCCAUCUUCUUCAUCCAUGGAUACAGUCACCAUGCCGACGACAUGGCGCAGGUCGACGUCAUCGGGGCUCCGCCCAGGUCCCCCCAGACCCUCAGGGAAGUCCUGGGCAGAGGCCAGAUCCUACCCUACAGAUCUAAGAGAUCCAUGUUUGCUCCAUCGAUGAGUGUCACAGAGAACCAGAGACCCCCUUUCCCCAGGGUCAUUGGACAGUCACACGUGACCUCCAUGGACAUGAAGGAGGACCAUGUGUUCCGUCUGGCUGGCCAAGGGGUGGACCAGAACCCCAGGGGCGUGUUCAGCAUCGACAGCCGGACAGGAGAAGUGGAGAUCAGACGUUCGCUGGAUAGAGAGGUCAAAGAUCACUUCCAUCUGCAGGUGUCCACCACAGAUCUUAGUGGCAACCUGGUGGAAGGCCCCGUGAACUUCACAGUGACCAUCAUCGACCAGAACGACAACCGGCCCAUCUUCAAGGAGAUGCGCUACACAGGAGAGGUGCUGGAGGGUUCGCCCACAGGAACCAUUGUCAUGACCAUGACAGCGUUGGACGCUGACGACCCCAACACCGACAAUGCCGUCCUUCGCUACAACAUUGUGAGGCAGUCUCCAGACAAGCCCUCGCCCAACAUGUUCUACAUUGACCCAGAGCGGGGAGACAUUGUCACCGUCAUCUCCCCGAGUCUCCUGGACAGAGAGACCCUUCCAACGACACAAUACGAGCUGGAGAUUGUGGCCAAGGACAUGGCAGGAAGUGAGGUCGGACUGACAGGAACCGCCACCGCCACCAUCACCAUCACAGACAAGAAUGACCACGCCCCUGAGUUCACUCACUCUCUGUUCCCUGCGAACAUGGACGAGGGUUCCACGGGGGUGGUGGUCAACCUGACCGUGGACGACAGAGACGACCCCGCCACAGGGGCAUGUCGGGCGGUCUACUCCAUCAUCAACGGAGACCCCACCCAGAGCUUUGACAUCCACACCAACCCGGACAACAACGAGGGCAUGCUCUCCGUCAUCAAGCCUCUGGACUAUGAGACGACGGCGUUCCACACGUUGCUCAUCAGGGUAGAGAAUGAGGACCCCCUGGUGCCAGAUGUGGGCUAUGGGCCCAGCUCUACAGCCACAGUACACGUGACGGUGCUGGACGUGAACGAGGGUCCUGUGUUCUUCCCGGACCCACUGAUGGUCACUAAGAUGGAGAACGUUCCGGUGGGCAGCUUUGUGGCCUCCCUCAACGCCACAGACCCCGACUACCUCCAGAUUCAGAGCAUCAGGUUUGCGGUGCUGAGAGACCCAGCAGGCUGGCUGAGCGUGAACCCGGUCAGAGGGACGGUCAACACGUCUGCGUCGUUGGACCGCGAGUCGCCGUUCGUCCACGACAACAAGUACACAGCCGUCUUCCUAGCAACAGACAAUGUCUCCCUGCUGUUAGGUGGAAAUGACAGACUGUCAUGGAGUUGA